GCGAUAUUUCAUUGAACAAAAGAAAGUCGAUAGCAUCGUUACGAGAGCUAGUCGAUAACCGAUCGUGCAUCGUUCUUUUCGAAACGAGAAAUUGAAGUUCGAUAUCUGUAAAAUAAUUCGUCAAACGCUACUUUGAGAUAUCGGAAUUUUCGCGGUAAAUUUGUUAUUCUAUUAUAACAAGAGGAGAAGAUAGAUUAAUAAAAAAGAGUUAUAUAUUCUUUAAAAACAGUUGAAUUUUAAAUUAUGCAACGAAAAUCCUCCAUUUUGACGAAAAAUAAGUCGUGUUAAGGAUUAAAAAUAUGAGAAAUACUAUGCAUAUAUACAUUUUAAUACUUAAAAGAUAAGACGUGCCGGUAUUUAUGUAUUUUAAUUUGUAAUUAUGGAAAGUAAAUCAAUAAUAUUACCUAACAAUGGAAAAUCUGCUACAACAGAUGAUUCUAAAAGUGAGAUGCAAAUGAUACUUGCCAAAAUGAUGGAAGAAAAACAUACAUAUACUUAUAAGAAACUAGUAGUACCUAUGUCAAUGAGAAGUAUUUAUUGGAAAUUCUUUGGAUUUCCAGCUACUGAAGAUGGUGAUAUUCUUACUAAAGUCAAAAUUGUAUGUGUACUGUGUAAAACUCAGAUUGCAUAUAAUCGUAAUACUAGUAAUUUACGUAUGCAUUUGCAAAAUAAACAUGCUCAAGAACUUUUAGAAUUAGAAGCUACUAAUCCUCCUCGCAGACAGGUACUUUCUCAAGAGACAAAAGAGAGAAGAGCUCAAAAAAAAUUAUUAAAGGCAGGAUUAACUUCUGCACAACAUAUUUAUACCACUAAUGCUGAUGGUACUGUUCAAAUAGAUGGAGAUAUUCAGUUUGUAACUGAUCCAAACAUAACUUUAUCUAAUAUUGAAGAUGAUAUUACAAUUGGUCAACCAUUAAGAGUUAUGAUUAAAAGUGGUUCCAAUAUUGCAAACAAUAGUCAGAAUGUGGCCUUUCUUAUGCCAGAAGAUAAUUCCAUUAAUCAAUCAAGUAUAGAUGGCAAAACUGUGUCAGAUGCUAUAGCAGAAUUUAUCAUAAUGGAUUUACAGUUACCAGAAGUGGUAGAGGGUAGAGGUUUUCAAAGACUAGUCGCUACAUUACGCUCACCUUGUGAAAUCCCUAGUAAAAAUAAAUUAGAAGAAGAAAUAAUACCAAAGAUUUAUGAUGCCUUUCGUGAAUCAGUGACCACAACUUUGUCUUGUAUUAAUAGCGAAGUAGGUUUAACAGUUGAAGAGUGGAGAUCAAAUUCUGAUGAGAGAUUUGUUACUAUUUCUGUGUAUUAUCAAAAUGUUGGUGAACCAGUUUUAGAAUGUAAAGUACUAAGUACAAUUCAUGCACCUUUAGAUUGGGAAGAGUCUCAAUGGGGUAAUACAAUAGAUUCUUUGUUACUUGAUUGGGACUUGAAAAUAGAAAAAAUAACUGCAGUAGUAGUAGCCACGUCCAGAUCAGAAUUAUUAACUGCUUUAACAAGCAGAGGAUUAACAUUGGUUCCUUGUUUAUUGUAUACUCUGCAAGUAUGUGCUCAGGCUUGUUUUGAAAAUCCAGAAGUUGCUACCAUAUUAUCAAAAUGCAGAGCAGUUAUUGGAGCCAUUAUAAGUCAUCCAGCUGCAUCAGCAGCUUUGGCUAUGCAAGAACAAUUACUGGAGUUGGAGGAAAACACUAUGUUGAUAGAUUAUCCACCUGUAUGGACAUCAACAUAUAACAUGCUUGAACAAAUAGUCCUGCGUCAUAAUAUUGUAACAUCAAUUUUAGAGAGCAUGGAAGGUGUGGAUCAGGAAGUAGUUGAUCUAACAAAUGAACAGUGGAAAAUUGUGGAAGAUCUCGUAAAUGUUCUAGAGCCAUUCAAGGUUACAAUUAUGACCCUUAGCGAAGAGAAGAUGCCUUUAAUAUCAUUAUUAAAACCAUUGCUUUGGCAAUUGGUGUCUUCUCAUCUAAAAGUUAAGGAAACUGAUAGCGAUAUAGCUAAAUCGUUUAAAGAGUCUUUAUCUGAUAUGCUUUGUGAUAGAUAUGCAGAUUAUAAUGUUACUCUUUUACUUCAAAUUGCAACUACUCUUGAUCCAAGGUUCAAACAACUACCAUAUGCCACAGAGGAAGAUAAAAACUUAGUUGCAGCUCCUAUAAAAGAGAUGUUGACUAAAUUAAUACAAGAAGAAUCUGGUGAUACUGGUAACAUUAAAGUUGAAGAAGAACCUCCAAAUAAAAAGAGUCGUUUAUCAGGUAUGGAACUUUUACUUGGAGGUUUAUGUUCAAUGAAAAGUGGAAUGCCCGCAGAAGAAAAAGCUGAUCUUGAACUUGUACAGUAUCAUUCUGAAUCUACUGCACCACUUGAUUAUUGUCCUCUUCAGUGGUGGGCUAAAAUUUCUGCAAAAUGUCCGAACUUGGGCAAGUUGGCUUGUAGAUAUAAUUGUGUACCUGCAUGUUGUGCACCACCCUCAAGAAUACCGGCAGAAAUACAAGUUUUAUAUGAUACGAGACGAGCUGCUUUACCGCCUCAUUUGAUAGACAAGCUACUCUUUCUUCAUGAAUUUUGGACAUCAAAACUGCUGUACAGAAAUAUAAAAAGGCUAAAGCAUAAUAACAGUUAAAUCAAUAAAAGAACAUGUUAUUUAUAAAGAAUGAUGAGGGAUAAUAGUUUUGCAUUUUCAAAACGUGUGAUGUAUUAAAAUGUAUAAAAACUUUUACAUAUUAUAUUUUUUUAUAAAAUAACGAAAAUAAAAUUUCAAUACAAUAGACAUUACAUAGGUAUUGUAAAUAAUUUCAAUAGAAUUUCUUUUUUACUUGCUCUUUAAGACUUACAAAAAAAGUAAUUUACUGCAAAUGGUGCUUUAUUACGACGGCACGUAAACUUCAUUUUUCUGCAUUAAAUGGUUCCCAUAAACUUGACUUGUUUAUGGUAAUUCUUUUAGCAAUGGAUAAAUUAUUAGAUUAAAAAAUAUAUUCUUGUGAUAUUAACUUAUAUUUUAAAAUGUUAAAAGUAGUACAAACUGCAUUGUUUAUAUCAUAAGUAACAAAAUAUGUACCAUAAAUUGCUGC